AUGGAUUCCAAGCAAACUACCACCGCCCCUGCUGCUGAUCUCAUUGCAGUCGAGGAAGCUACCACUGCCACCAGUGCUGUCACUACCGUCACCACCACUCAGGUCGUCCAGGUCGCCCCUGACGGCUCCGAGAACCUGGUCUCGGAGAAGGUCGAGACAACCGUUGAGGAGACUGCCCCUGCCGCCCCCUCGGGCUCCUCCGAUGUCAUCGAGCGCAUCGAAGAAGGCUGGCUCUCCAAGCUGGGCUUCCUCGGCCUCACGACCUCUCGCCGAUUCUACAAGCUCGGUAAGGACGAAGGCAUCGUCCUGGACCGCCUUGUCGUCGUCCACCAGAAGAACGUCCGCCGCGGUCCCAAUGAUAGCGACGCCUACUAUCUCAAGAGAAACGAGACUCUCUUUGACGAUCUGGCCACCGCUGUCACCUCCGCCAAGGGCUUCCUGAUCGGAUUCAAGUCCGAUGUCACCACCGACCAGCAUACCCCUGUUGCCCUCAUUAACCUCCGCGACAUUGUCGAGGUUUUCCCCACCGAGAGCAACACCUUUGUCCUCAAAACUGCCCACAACACCUUCACCUUCUCCGCCGACACCCCGACUGAGACCAAGGCCUGGAUUAGCACCCUGAACUCCAUCAAGGCCGAUAUUGCCGCCCUGCCCAACGUCAAGAACACCCAGACGUACAAGGCUGCUUUCCGUCGUCUCUUGGGCCAGACCGAGGCCACGUCCGACGAUGAGCUGCUCACCACCCAGGAUCGCGGUGUCGCUUCAACCUCUGUCCACGAGGAGGUUGAAAUCGUCGAGAAGGCCGCGGGUGAGAGCCCCGCCAUUGCUGUCGAAAGAACCGUGUCUGCCGCUAGCAAGGAGAAGCGCAACACCGGUCUCUUCUCGCUCUUCCGCAGCAAGGGCUCCAAGGACUCUCUCACCACCACCACUACGACGACCACCACGACCACCACCGAGACUGCUCGUGGUUUGGCUGGCGCCAACGUCACCGUGGUCGAGGCUCCGGUCGAGUACGUCCAGCUGACCAAGGACGGAAAGACCACCGUGACCUCCGAGGCCAUCACCUCGACUUCCCGUAUCGCCUACGAGGAGCAGGAGGAGAUUGUCACCAUCACCACCACGGUGACUUCCAAGAACGGCGUCGUGCGCAAGAUCAUCAAAACGAUCACCCGCAUCACUCGCUCCUACCCCGACGGCCGCUCCGAGGUUGUAUCUGAGACCGUCGAGACCAGAGACGCCACCACCGGCGAGGCCUAUGAGAUCAAGGAGGACGAUGUCGUCGUCGAGGUCGAUGAGGCUCAGCUGGGCGCUGCUCACGCUGAGGCCACUCAAACGGUCGAGGCCAUCACCGUGACCGAGCGCGGAGUUGCUACCGAGGCGGCUUCGGUGUCCGCUCCCGAGCCCGCCAAGGCGGAGCCCAAGAAGACAACUCGCUUCGGCUUUGGUCUCUUUGGUCUCAACCGCAAGAAGAACCGCAACUCUGCAGAGAUCACAACGAGCACCACCACCACUACCACCACGACCGAGACGGUCACCGAGAGCGCUGGUUCUCGCGAGGUCGAGAGCACCCCUGUUGCCACUGCGACCACUGCGACCACCACCACGGUCGAAACGGAGACUGAGUCGUACCGCGACGACGAAGUUGUGGUGACCUACCGCUCGACAAUCACCAAGGUUGACGGAAGCGUCCGCAUUGUCAUCAAGACCGUCAAGGAGGUCCGAAGAAUCUUCUCCAACGGUUCCCAGAUCGUCGUGUCUGAAACCACCGAGCGCCGUGAUGCCCAGACCGGCGAACUCUACCUGCUUGAGGAGGGUGACGUUGAGGUCGACGAGCCCUAUGUCCCCGAGUCCGAGAAGAUCGAAUCCCGCACGACCGUGACGGAGCGAACGGUGAUCACAAGAUACAUCACCCGAAUCGUCCGAAAGGAUGGAACCGUCCGCAUCAUCGUCAAGAUCGUCAAGACCAUCCGCCGCUACAAGGCCGAUGGCAGUUACGAGGUUGUCUCGGUCGAGACUGAGCGCAAGGACCCCACCACGGGUGAAGAUGUGACUCUUGCCGAGGACGAGACCGAAGAGGACACCAACGAGACCGACGUCACUGCCAUUGCCUCGGCAACGUCUGUCACCACCAUCCGCUAUGUCAAGCGCAUCGUCAUCACAAUCUACCGCACCAUCAUCGUCCAGAAGGAUGGUACCAAGAGGGUGAUCAAGAAGGUGAUCAAGUCUCUGCGCCGUGUCUGGGCCGACGGCACUGAAGAAGUUCUCUCCGAGCAGACCGAGCGCAAGGACGCCGAGACUGGUGAAGCCUAUAUUCUCCAGGACGACGAUAGCGAGGAAGUCGUCGAAACGCUUGGAGAGGAGAUCGCUGCCGCCCCCGGUGAUGUAGAAACCGUCGAAGCCUACGAAAUCUACGCCACAGGUGUGGACGAGUGCAAGCCCGCCGAGGAAGUCCAGGUUGAGGAGGUCAAGGUCGAGGAGGUUGCUGAAGAGGUUGUCGACGAAACCACCACUAUCUCAACCGAAACCAUCCCAGCCAAGAUUGAAACCUCAGUGACCACAACUGUUGUGGAGGAGACACGGGUGGAGGAAUCAUCUCCCGAUGUCCAGCGUGAACAAUCUCAAGAGCAGACCAAGAAGCAGACUUCCCGCUUCAGCUUCAAUCCCUUCGGCCGCCGCGAGGGCUCUGAGCGAAGUGGAUUCUUCGGUUUUGGCAAGAAGAGCCAAAAGUCCACCGAUGUUCAAUUGGUUGAGCAAGUAUCUGUUCCUGAAGUUGCUGUGGCUGAGGCUGCUGAGACUGUCGAGACCGUCACUACCACCGUUGUCGAAGGUACCGACGCCGUUCCCACCGAGACUGUCGAGACUGUCGAGACUGUCGAAACUGUUGAAACUGUCGAGACUGUCGAGGUCAUUGAGGAGACUCCUGCCCCCGCCCCCGUCGAGACCGUCACCGAGGUCACCGAAGUCACCGAAGUCACCGAAGUCACCGAGACUGUCGAGGUUGUCGAGGAGGUCCCCGCUCCCGUCACCGUCACCGAGACUGUUGAGACCGUUGAGACGGUCGAGACUGUCGAGGUUGUCGAGGAAGUCCCCGCUCCCGUCGAGACCGUCGAGACCGUCACCGUCACCGAGGUCACCGAGACUGUCGAGGUUGUCGAGGAGACUCCCGCCCCCGCCCCUGUCUCGGAGGAGACUGUCGUUGUCGAGACCACCGAGACCGUUGAGGUUGUCGAGGAGGCCGUUGACGUUCCCGAGCAACGCGAGGUCGUUGAAGACGUGACCGCCUCUGUCGAGGUUACCGAAGUCGUCGAGGAGACCGUUGUCCCCACCACCGAGACUACCGAGGCCACCACUACCACCACCACCACCACUACCACCGAAGUUGUCGAGGUCGCUGCCCCCGUCACCGAGACCACCACCACCACCACCACCGAGACUGUUGAGGUGACCGAGACUACCGAGGUCUAUGAGUACGAAGAAGAGGAGGAAGUGACCACCAUCACCACCACCAUUACUCACGUCGAUGGCUCUGUCCAAGUCAUUGUCAAGACCAUCACUCGCAUUGUCCGCUACUACCCCGACGGCCGUGAGGAGCUUGUCUCUGAGGCCACCGAGUCCAAGGAUUCGGUCACUGGCGAGGCCUACGUUCCUCAAGAAGGCGAUGUCGAGCAAACCACCACCACCACCGUCACCGAGACCACUGAGGAGGCCACUGCCACCACCUCGGCUGCCGAGAGCAAGAAGACCACUCGCAAGAGAUUCGGUCUGUUCGAGACCAUCGCUGCUGGUGCCGCCGUUGUCGGAGGCGCUGUCGCCGCUGGAGCUGCCGCUGUUGCUGGUGGCGCCGCCAAGGCCGGCGGUGCUGUUGUCGAAGAAGGCAAGGACGUUGUCGAAACCGUCAAGGGUCUCUUCCGCCGCAGAAAGGUUGUCCUGGCUACUGGUGAGGAGGUCUGGGAGGAGGUUCCCGCCGGCGCUGCCGAUGACGAGACUGUCGAGACCGUCACUACCACCGUUGUCGAAGGUACCGACGCCGUUCCCACCGAGACUGUCGAGACUGUCGAGACUGUCGAAACUGUUGAAACUGUCGAGACUGUCGAGGUCAUUGAGGAGACUCCUGCCCCCGCCCCCGUCGAGACCGUCACCGAGGUCACCGAAGUCACCGAAGUCACCGAAGUCACCGAGACUGUCGAGGUUGUCGAGGAGGUCCCCGCUCCCGUCACCGUCACCGAGACUGUUGAGACCGUUGAGACGGUCGAGACUGUCGAGGUUGUCGAGGAAGUCCCCGCUCCCGUCGAGACCGUCGAGACCGUCACCGUCACCGAGGUCACCGAGACUGUCGAGGUUGUCGAGGAGACUCCCGCCCCCGCCCCUGUCUCGGAGGAGACUGUCGUUGUCGAGACCACCGAGACCGUUGAGGUUGUCGAGGAGGCCGUUGACGUUCCCGAGCAACGCGAGGUCGUUGAAGACGUGACCGCCUCUGUCGAGGUUACCGAAGUCGUCGAGGAGACCGUUGUCCCCACCACCGAGACUACCGAGGCCACCACUACCACCACCACCACCACUACCACCGAAGUUGUCGAGGUCGCUGCCCCCGUCACCGAGACCACCACCACCACCACCACCGAGACUGUUGAGGUGACCGAGACUACCGAGGUCUAUGAGUACGAAGAAGAGGAGGAAGUGACCACCAUCACCACCACCAUUACUCACGUCGAUGGCUCUGUCCAAGUCAUUGUCAAGACCAUCACUCGCAUUGUCCGCUACUACCCCGACGGCCGUGAGGAGCUUGUCUCUGAGGCCACCGAGUCCAAGGAUUCGGUCACUGGCGAGGCCUACGUUCCUCAAGAAGGCGAUGUCGAGCAAACCACCACCACCACCGUCACCGAGACCACUGAGGAGGCCACUGCCACCACCUCGGCUGCCGAGAGCAAGAAGACCACUCGCAAGAGAUUCGGUCUGUUCGAGACCAUCGCUGCUGGUGCCGCCGUUGUCGGAGGCGCUGUCGCCGCUGGAGCUGCCGCUGUUGCUGGUGGCGCCGCCAAGGCCGGCGGUGCUGUUGUCGAAGAAGGCAAGGACGUUGUCGAAACCGUCAAGGGUCUCUUCCGCCGCAGAAAGGUUGUCCUGGCUACUGGUGAGGAGGUCUGGGAGGAGGUUCCCGCCGGCGCUGCCGAUGACGAGACUGUCGAGACCGUCACUACCACCGUUGUCGAAGGUACCGACGCCGUUCCCACCGAGACUGUCGAGACUGUCGAGACUGUCGAAACUGUUGAAACUGUCGAGACUGUCGAGGUCAUUGAGGAGACUCCUGCCCCCGCCCCCGUCGAGACCGUCACCGAGGUCACCGAAGUCACCGAAGUCACCGAAGUCACCGAGACUGUCGAGGUUGUCGAGGAGGUCCCCGCUCCCGUCACCGUCACCGAGACUGUUGAGACCGUUGAGACGGUCGAGACUGUCGAGGUUGUCGAGGAAGUCCCCGCUCCCGUCGAGACCGUCGAGACCGUCACCGUCACCGAGGUCACCGAGACUGUCGAGGUUGUCGAGGUGUGA